GGCAAGGUGCUUUCCUAUCCUGUAUAUAGACGGAAAGUGCUACAGAGAGUGCAGCUCCUACGGUUGUAUGCACGUGGCAGGCAUAAAAAGAAGAAGCAAUGUACAACGGGGAGAGACUGCUUCAUGAUGCGGCAGUUGAAGGGAAUGUCCCUUUGCUGCUCAGGUUACUUGAAGAAGAUAGACUUGCUCUUCACAGAGUUGCUUCGGGCUCUCUUAAUGAGACUCCUCUACAUGUUGCCGCAAUGCUCGGACACCUGGAGUUUGUAGAGGAGAUCUUAACCCGGAAUCCUGAAAUGGCCCGAGAGUUGGAUUUCCGAAGAUCGUCUCCACUUCAUCUGGCUGCAGCAAAAGGCCAUACUGAGGUAGUUAAAUUGCUGCUAUUGACCAAUCCCAAGAUGUCCCUCUCUCGAGACUGGGAAGGGAGGUGCCCGAUUCACCUAGCUGUGAUCAGAGGUCACACUGAGGUCCUCAAGGAGCUCAUUCAGGUGAAACCUGAAGCGGCUCUGCCGAAGAUCGGAAGUCGAAACAUUUUGCAUCUAUGCGUCAUGCACUACCAGUAUGAAGCUCUGGAGUAUUUAGUGGAGACGAUGGGAGAUGAUAACGAGUUUAUGAAUACAAAGGAUGAUGAUGGCUCCACCAUUCUGCAUCUUGCUGCUGCAGAUCAACAAGUUGAGGUCGUGAAGCUACUGCUCACAAAGUCUCAAAUCAAACGGAAUGUGGUGAACCAUCAGGGGUCCACUUCACUUGACUUGGCCCUGGCACGAGGCUGUGGAAAUGGGAAAGAUGUAAAGAUCCAGCAGUUGCUCAAAAGAGAAGGAGCUAUACAAGCAACAGGAAUCACUUCAUCACGUAGGUCUGCCUCGAUCGCACUAAAUGAAAGUAAUGAGCCUCCACAAGAUAAUAGCCAACCAGAAAAGAGGAAGAAGAUCAGGAAAAAGGGCUGGCUUGAACAGAAAAGGUCAGCCUUAAUGGUUGUGGCCUCGCUUAUUGCAACCAUGGCCUACCAAGCAGGAAUCAACCCCCCUGCAAACAUCUGGCCGGGAAAGUCUGAAAUCGUUACAACAAAGAACAGUCGUGAACAUUUACGUGUUGAUAGUUUUGCCUUUAUAAUUUGUAAUAGUGCAAGUUUCUAUGCGUCUCUCAGCAUUAUCCUACUGCUGAUCAGUGGCUUACCCUUGAGGUGGAGGUUCUUCAUGUGUCUUCUAAUGGUCGUCGUAUGUGUUGCAGUUGUAUCAGUUAUGUUAGCUUAUGAAAAUGCACUCCGUAUUCUAUCCGUAGCAAGUGAUUUGACAGACAGAAACAUGCGAUACGGCUUUAUCUGGAUAUUCUUGAUUGGUAUUAUUUUCAUUGGGCACACUGUCCGACUUGUGGUGAAGAUGGCAAGACGCAACAGAAGGAGGAUCAAGAGGCAGAGGGGCAACUACAGUCCAAGUCAAGAGCCAAUUCUCGUGUAGCCUCAGGAUAUUAUAAGGAGAUAUAUUCACGUAUCUCACAUACUAUACUUCCAUGUCAUUCUCCUUUGUACUACGUAUUUCGUCUCUCUAUUUUAGGAACCUGUCUCCUGGAUAAUGUUUUAGAUGAUCAAUUUAAUUAUUUAAGCAUAUACCUUGUAUUAUGCACUGUUAAGUUAAAACAACAGUUUAUAUCUCUCGUAACCCUAAUUCAAAAUAGUGAUAUACCUGGCUU